CUCAAUGUGUCGACACUGGCCUCGCAAACGCCUCUCCAGACGACGCUCACCGCCAAUCAGGCGAUCGCUGGACAGAUGACACAGCCGUUGACGCUCAAGACCACGCCGCAGACCACCAUCAGUAUGACACCACUGACACCGGCGCAGCAACAGCAGCAGCAACAACAACAGCAACAGUUCCAGCGGCUCAAGGUGGAGGACGCCCUGUCGUACUUGGAUCAGGUGAAGUUCAAGUUCAACAAUCAGCCCCAGGUCUACAACGACUUCUUGGACAUCAUGAAGGAGUUCAAGUCGCAGUCCAUCGACACUCCGGGUGUCAUCCAACGGGUGUCCACACUAUUCAAAGGACAUCCGGAGCUCAUUGUGGGCUUCAAUACGUUUCUGCCGCCGGGCUAUAAGAUUGAGAUGCACUCCAAUGACCAGGUGAACGUAUCGAUGCCUAACGCGCCCAACACUAUCAUAAUGUCUGGCACGCCGUUGGGAGCGACACCAGCGCUGGUAGGCGUGCCUCAACACCAGGUGUCAGUGAUACUGCCGAAAGUGAAUCAGACGACCAGUUUCAACGCGGCUCAGGCACACCAUGCGGCCAUCAACGUGGCGCUCACGGCCGCCGCCAACCAGUCCCGGGUCACAGCCGCCCAUCACGACACCACUGUCCACACGACGCCACAGCAGUCGACGCUCAGCGCAGUGACCGCCGCCACCAACAGCACCGGCGCCACCGUUGCCAACGGGUCGGCCACUGGCGCGGCAGCCAACAACGCGGCCCAACCCGUGGAGUUCAACCACGCCAUCAAUUAUGUGAACAAAAUUAAGAAUCGAUUUCAGGGACAGCCGGAGAUCUAUAAGCAGUUCCUCGAAAUACUUCACACAUAUCAGAAGGAACAGCGCUCUAUAAAAGAAGGAACGGCAGUUCAGGGCCAGAAGAUGUUGACUGAGACCGAAGUGUUCACUCAAGUGGCGAAACUCUUCCAAAAUCAAGAGGAUUUGCUCCAAGAGUUCAGUCAAUUCCUUCCCGACGCCAACGGCUCGAGCGUGUCGUCGGCCGGCGCCUCGUUGGCACUGACGGGACAAAUGCCGGUGACGUUUGGCCACCCAUUGGCCCAUUCGGUGGACACCAUCGCCACGCAUACGCCUGUCAACGAUCAUUCAGCUAUAGUUAAAAAGCCAACAGUUGGCCGACCACUUGUCAGCGCUCAACCAUUUCAGCCUCGAAUCCAAUUAAAGCAACGCUCACACGAAUCAUCGAUUACUCAUCACUCAUCCGCUAAGCGCCAGAAAAUGACAUCUCUUCGGGACGUAUCGUUAGCUGAAGCGGGAAAAUACGGGUCACUCAACGAGUUUGCAUUCUUUGAUAAGGUGAGAAAAUCGUUGCGAAGUUCAGAGGUUUACGACAACUUCUUGCGGUGUUUGGUUCUCUACAACCACGAGAUACUGUCGCGAACAGAACUCGUACAUCUCGUCACACCAUUUCUCGGGAAGUUUCCCGAACUUCUCAAAUGGUUUAAAGACUUCUUGGGCUACAAAGAGGGCGCUUCGGCCUCUAUUUCGACCCUCCAUUCAAAAGAACAGUUGAAUUCAAACCAUUCGAGCCUUCCGUUAGAGGGUCUGUCCCAUCGCGUGGCCUCAAUCCGUGAGAGAGAGCGCGAGAGAAUGAGCUCAGAGAUGGGAAUGGAGAUCGACUACAGUUCAUGCAAACGUUACGGCGCCUCCUAUCGAGCUCUUCCUCGUAAUUACGUGAAGCCUGAGUGCACGGGUCGGACACCACUGUGUCGUGAAGUGCUGAACGAUACGUGGGUGUCGUUCCCCUCGUGGUCUGAAGAUUCGACAUUUGUCUCAUCGCGUAAAACCCAAUACGAAGAAUAUAUCUAUCGGUGCGAAGACGAGCGCUACGAACUGGACGUUGUCUUAGAAACCAAUUUAGCGACAAUUAGGGUCUUAGAAGCGGUUCAGAAAAAGAUGUCGCGUAUGACUAAUGAGGACAGGAAUCGAUUCAAAUUGGAUGACUCGUUGGGCGGAACCUCUGCUGUCAUCCAUCAGAAGGCAAUUAAACGCAUUUAUGGCGAUAAGGCUCAAGAGAUCAUCGAAGGCUUGAAGAAGAAUCCUUCGGUUGCCGUUCCUCUCGUUAUCCGACGACUUAUGAUGAAAGAGGAGGAGUGGAGAGAAGCGCACAAACAGUUCAAUAAGAUAUGGAGAGAACAGAACGAAAAGUAUUAUCUCAAGUCUUUAGAUCAUCAGGGAAUCAGUUUCAAGCAAAACGACAUUAAGUUCUUGAGGUCGAAGUCAUUGUUGAAUGAAAUCGAGACCAUCUUCGAGGAGCGUCACGAACAGAUCGAAGCUAAUCCCGAAGCCAUUGACUCACAGCAGCCGCACAUGACGUUCUCAUAUAAGGACAAGUCGAUGAUCGAGGAGUCAUGUAAUCUGAUUAUACAUCACGUCAAGAGACAGACAUCCAUUCAUAAAGAAGACAAACAAAAGAUUAAGCAAUUGUUGAGACAUUUUAUUCCAGACCUGUUCGCCACUCCCAGAGGAGAGCUCUCUGACGAUGAAUUAGACGACGAAACCGAUGACAAGAGUAGGCCUCAAAGUAAUUGUAAUUUAAAUGUGAAAACGACUGAGAAUUUAAGUAAAAGUACCGAAAAGGAGGAUAAAAAGACUUCACAGAGUUUGGCGGAUAAACCAGACUCACUCUCAUCUAAUGAUAGCAAUGGACAGCACAACCCAAUGCUAAACACGAAUCCUAAUGAGAAAUAUUCAAUGUUUUUCGUCAACAAUAAUUGGUAUUUAUAUUUCCGCUUACAUCACAUACUAUGCGAACGUUUGGCCAAAAUGUACGAAAGGGCAGAGAUUUUGGCCGCAGAAGAGGCCAAAGAGAAGUUGGAUCGCAAGCGGUCCACAGCGUUAGCCCUGAGACUAAAGCCCAACAACGAAGUGGAGGUCGAGGACUACUUUCCCGCAUUUAUCGAUAUGAUUAAACAAGUACUCGAUGGCAAUCUGGACGCCAAUCAGUUUGAGGAUAUGUUGAGAGAGAUGUUUGGCAUUCACGCCUACAUUGCGUUCACUCUCGACAAAGUUGUCCAAAAUAUUGUCCGUCAGUUGCAACAUAUAGUGUGCGACGAGGCGUGCACUCAAUGCACAGAUAUGUUCAACGAGGAGUCCAAGAAUAGCGGGACUGGCGGUGAGUGCGCCACCGCUCACCACAGGAUCGCCAAUGAGUCCGCAUAUCAGAAAAGGGCCGAAACGUUGCUAUGCGACGAGAAUUGUUUUAAAUUCAUUUUCUACAAAAGUGAGGGUAAGGUUACCAUCGAAAUGGUGGACACGGACUCCGAUGAUAGCAGUGACGAACUCGACGCCAUCGAGAAGUGGUCGGACUAUGUGGAGAGGUAUACGCGAGAGAUCGGUGUACCGGAUGAGAUGAAAGCCCUGUUGUCACAAAAGCCGCUAUUUUUGAGGCGAAAUAUUCGGUCCUUUAAAUCGCGAACAAAGAAUGAAAGGGAAGACCUCUUCGACAAGGAGUCGGAGAUUAAGCGCGAAAAGAAGGAAAUUAAUCGCGAAAAUGAUUCCGUUUUGUCCAAAGCGGUGCCCAAAACGGAUUCUACUGAUAAUAAAGAGACCAAAAGUGGCCCAAAAGUAGAUCACAAUUCCGAAGAGACGUUGGAUAAGGCGUUAAAUAUGAUUGAAUCGGUCGACAAUAUUGAGUGCAAAUUCGAUGUCUCGAAGUUUAAGUUGGUUUUUGUUGUUCAAAGCGAGUCCGUUAUGUAUCGUAAAAACUCUAUCAUUAAAGCCAAACAGUCUCAUAAGAGAGUGUCGAAGCGAUUAUUUCAUAAAUUUAACGAAUGGCACGAGAAGUGGUUGAGUGACAACAGUACGUACGACCAGCAAAAGCAAAUACAGCAGUGGUUAGUGUCGAGCGACUUGAGUACAGCGUCGACCACCACCGGCUCAACGACUGCCCCCGAAUGCAAAGCCAGUGUCGCCGGCGACAGCAAAUCGACGUCCGGCGCGACCGCGAAGUCCGCGAAUGUCAAAACAGUCGCACCCGUGACCACCAAAACUACUCAAUUAAUAAUCAAGUAA